UCGAUUUGAAGUCAAUCUUUGUGAAUCUUCUCAAUCGUUUGGCUGCCUUUGCCCAAGCAUCACCUACUAACCUCCCUACUGAACAUGAUAUAUAUUCACUAUUUCAGCGUUAUAUAGGAGAGUUACAACAGCGAUAUAUAUAUUAUCUUGAAGAACAAGCAGCUGGAGUGGAUGGAGGAGGCGGGGGUGGACGAGGGUCUUCACCCCAUGCAAAUAUAAAUGGUAGUAGUAGUAGUAAUAUGAGCGGAUGCAGCACGAAUGCGAUAGUAGAUCUAACGGGUUUGCUAGAGUUGCAACAAGCCUUCCUAAGUUUUUCUCUAUCUCUCUAUCCAGAUAGAAUUGACUACGUUGAUGCCAUACUAGGCUCUGUAAGUCUCUUACUAUCCAGCUGUGGAUGUAGUAGCGAGAGCUUCAGAACUGCAAGCAGAUAUCGCCAGGAUAGUAGUAGCUACCACAAAGGAGCUCCACCAAUACUUACCCCUGCUGCUGUGGAUGCCCUUGUGGAGAUAAUCUCCUCUCCCUUACGAAGUCUCUCUCUACCAGUCCUCGAAUUGCAGCACUUCCCUGUCGUAAUGGGAUUUCUCAAUGAUGAUUUAAAAAGACAAGUGGCGUCAUCGAUGGUUGGAGCGGUAUUAGCAGCAGGAGCCCAGUUGGAGCAGCCCUCGUCUGUAUCACGUUUUCUGGAGUUUGUGUCUCCACUUCUCCGAGACAGCGGCAACAUGAACAGCGUGGACAAUUUUGAGGAAGGCGGGGCUUCCUCGGAAUUCAUUAAGGAACAAGAAGAUAUCGCGAAACUCGUACAUUUGUUGUACAACGCUGACACGGAUGUACAUUUCACGCUACUCUGUCUUGCUAGGCAAACAUUUGCUGAAGGAGGCUUGCGGCGACUACGAUACUUGGGGCCUCCAUUGGUAGUUGCAGCUCUUGAACUCGUGCCUCGCAUACUGGAUCGCACAGAGCAACUCCAGCAGCGACAUAAUAAUACUACCAUGCCUGUUGUCUCUGGAAAGAAAGUCUAUCAAUUUGUACACUCAACAUGCAUGCAACUUGUUCAGUCUGACCCUCAGAGCGCCUUGAGACUCUUUCUUAUGGCAGCAGAGAGUGCGGACACAGCAAAUCUACGAACGUCUGCUUCUGCGUCUUCAUACGAAGCCAUUGUAUAUGAAUUUCUUACGCAAGCACUAGUGUGCUACGAAGAAGAAAUAUUAGACAGCAAAAAUCAGUAUAUGUACUUACUGCAAUUUGUUGGAUGCCUUUCUGGUCAUAUUCAUACACUAGAAAGAGAAAGUUACGAGACUGUUUGUGCCAAAGUCGCUCAGCAUGCUGCUAAACUUCUAAAGAAACCCGAUCAAUGUCGAGCUAUUCUCGCGUGUUCUCAUCUCUUCUGGAAUAAUGAAUUAUUUCGAGACCCCCGACGCGUACUUGAAUGUUUACAGAAAUGCUUGAAAAUUGCCGAUAUCGCAGUGCAGUCUUCUACGACCCACGUCGGUUUGUUCACUGAUAUACUCGACGAGUAUAUAUAUUACUACGAAAGAGAUAAUCCAGAGGUGACAGUAGACUUCAUCAAGAACCUUCUCUCCCUCUGCGCGGAGCACGUGAAGUUCGCGUUACACGAGGCAGGACAUGAAGAUGAAGCGGUAGCAAACUUCCGCAAUUCAGUGCGCUAUCUAAAAUACAAAAAGGAGACUGCAAGUGACAACAAGUGGCGAGCAACCAAGGCACCCUACGCAACAAAACGAGAUACGCUCGCUCCUGCGGCAGUCGAUGCUGCCAGAACGUUUUUCGCAAAAAUAGCAGCCACUGCUGCCACAGACUUCGCAAAAACGACAUUCGACGGUGUCAGCGCUUUUCAGCGCCGUCGCAAAAACGGCAGUCAACUAUGGCAGAGCUCUUCAGCGCAUUCGCUCGCAAAACCGGCAGAAAGCGGUGCCAGAAUUUUGCAGGUCCUUCCCAAUAACGGCAGUCACUGCUGCCAGAGUUAUUUUGCGUUCCUGCGCAGCGAAGCCGACACGGUUAUCACCGGCAGGUGCCAUGACACAAGGUCGACGUCAGCACUGGCGAUACGUACGCUGCAGUAA